AUGUCAACUGAAAAAGAAAAGGAAACUGCACCAUCCAAUGCCGAUCUUUGGACUACUAUUCAUUCGUCAAACUUUGACAUUUACAAAUGCAUUGACCUCCUCAGAUCUAAGUCGGAAAAUGUCGGAAUACAGUACGAGCUUUGCAAACGGGCCACAAACUACCCUAUGGCAGAGUUGCGUUUCUUCAUUCCGCAACUUCUCCAAUUACUAAUAACUGUUGACACCCAGUCUCUGGCGCUUACAGAAAUGAUUGAGCAUCUUUGUACGAGGGAUCCACAUUUCUGCUUGGUCACAUUUUGGAAUUUGCAAGCCUUGCUUCAGCAGCUUUGCUCAGAACCGGAAAGCAUCGGUUUUCAAACGUGUAAGAAGUUAAUUAAUGAGCUCCAAUACCAGUUGUUCAAUUAUUCUCAGCGACCGGGUUCGAAACUUCCACCUUCAACAUCUGGUGUGGUAUCACAUGGCUUUAAUCAGGGCUUUCACGAAAAUUUGACACCCUCUCUUAUUCUGCAAACCUCGCUUAUGGCGGCAAUAACCGUUCCGGAGACCGUUCAUUAUGUUGAGCCGAUGGUUCGCAUCCAGGGGAAAAAGGUGAAAACGCUUGUUUUCGAGGUUCUCAAGGAUGUCAAGAAAAGCUUGACUGAAAACUUGACGAGGAAAAAUACAAUUAAGAACUCCAAGCUUGGUACAACAUCUGCUAAGUCGUACAAGUCUGAGGUAAGACGUACGAAGUCGGUAAAUUUGGAUAGAAAGCAUAGGCAUACAAGUACACCAUCAUCUUCUGGUAAUAGCUCCAAUAGUAUUGAUCUUAAAAUGGUGGAUUCAUAUGCAGAUAUCAAUCUUCCUGAGCUUCGAAGGCCGUCUUUGAAGUUGGGAAAAGCGUUUGCAAGAUCACCUGGUACCUUUAACGGUUUUUCUUCCACGUUUAUUUCAUUGGGCAAGAAGGCAAGCUCGAAAAGUAAAUCGGAUGACAUGGUUGCCUCCAUGCCGGAUUUAGGCUCCGGCAGCCCGGAAAAUAUGAAUUUUGACGGCUCGUAUGCCACAUCCAUCAGAAAUUCCUUUGAUUUCAGAGAUAGCUUGGAUAUCGAUAAUGCGGCAAACGGCAAAGCGGCAUCUUUGUCUCCAGAAAGAAGAAGAAUGACUUAUACCAAAGCGCAAAAGGUCAAACUUUUAAAAUCCAAUUAUUUCAACAACACCACGCAGUUUGUAAUUGCUCUUCAAAAUAUAUCUGCCAGAUUGUCAAAGACUCCUCGGGAGGCUCGUCUUUCUACACUUAAAGCUGAAUUGUCGGUUCUUAACUCUGAUUUGCCGUGCGAGGUCGAUAUUCCAUCACUAUUGCCGAAAAGUAAACGUGGAAAAUACCACAAGAUCUGUCAUAUAUGCGUUAAUGAAAGCGCGGUUUUAAACUCGGCUGAGCAUGUUCCUUUCUUGCUAUUGAUAGAGUAUUUUUCAGACGGUAUGGAUUUCAACCCGGACACCCCAUCUAAUAAAUAUUUACUAGAAGACCUUCAAAAUGGAAAUGAUGACGGCAAGUAUCGUUUUGACAUUUCAUACAGAAACACAACCUCAAAGACUGCCUUGAAGCCAAUUUCACAAGGAACUGGAAACCAUACUUUGGCAAAUGCAACCAGCUCUCGUACAAGUUCAAUAUCCAAAAAAGAUGGUAGUGACUUUUCUACGCCGCUUCCUGAAAUUGUGAAAAAGAGUGAUAUUGAUGGUACAGAUCUAGGGGAUGUGUCCGUUGUCAAAUUUACAAAUAAGAUGGAGGAUAAAGAUGCAUUGAUGUUUCCCACAAAAAGCUUCUUUGCUAAUGACAAAUCCCUACAUGAUCAGAUAAAGGAUAUUGAAGGGUCUCUAAAUGAGCACCAGGAUGAUAGUAAUGAACAUGACAAGAAUCUGACUGUUCAGAUGCGUGUUGCUGGUGUCAUGCUCAGGCAGUUAGAAUUAUCACAGUCCACUCUUGCAAAUUCACAGGCAUUACAGAUUAAAAAUAGGAUUGUCAAGUCGAUGAAGAAAAUGCAAGACAGUUUUGAGUCUAGCAGCAAUUUGAAGAAGACUGAUGAUGCCGCCGGUGUUCGUAAAUUGUCUAAUGAUUUCAAAGUUGCUGGUUUGAGCUAUCUUGGGGAAGAUUGGAACAAGAAGAAGCAAAGAAUCAGGAAGCAUUCCAUGUACGGUAAGCAUGAAAACUGGGAUCUUUACUCGAUGAUUGCUAAAACAGGUGAGGACUUGGCCCAGGAGGCCUUUGCAUCGCAAUUAAUACAGAUUAUUGCAAACAUAUGGUAUGCGGAUGGUGUUCAUGUUUGGGUGAAACGCAUGCAUAUGUUGAUUACAUCGUCUAAUACCGGAUUAGUGGAGACGAUUACGAACGCCUUCUCUGUGCAUUCCAUCAAGAAAUCACUUACCGAAUACAUGAUAAGCAAGAAUGAAUUGCAAGCAGGGGAAGUUGCCACACUUAAGGAUCAUUUCCUAAGGAUGUUUGGCGAUGAAGAUUCAAUGAAAUACAAGAUGGCCCAGCAGAAUUUCUGUUCUUCACUGGCUGCAUACUCAAUAAUAUGCUAUUUGCUCCAGAUCAAGGAUAGACACAAUGGUAAUAUUAUGGUUGAUUCUGAAGGGCAUAUUAUUCACAUUGACUUUGGCUUCUUACUAUCGAGCUCUCCCGGGUCUGUUGGUUUUGAAUCAGCACCAUUCAAGUUAGUUCAAGAAUAUGUAGACGUCUUGGGAGGAGUUGAUUCCUUCUAUUUCCAGCAGUACAAAAAACUCACUAAGGAGGCAUUUAAAUCCAUAAGAAAGCAUGCCGAUAGUUUGUUAAAUAUAGUUGAACUUAUGCAGACGGAUUCUCCGUUACCUUGCUUCCGUGCAGGUGAGAGUACUUCCGUUCAAUUGCAGCAACGUCUUCAACUUCAUUUGAAUGAUGAAGAAGUUGAUGCCUUUACAGAGAAUGUUUUGAUUGCCAAAAGUCUUAAUAGUGUGUACACUAGGCUCUAUGACCAAUUCCAGAUGAUCACCCAGGGAAUAUACAUGUGA